GGGGCGGCCGCGGGUGAGUGACGUGUCCAGCGGGACGAUGAGGCCGGAGACCUGGUCUUGGCCCAGAUGGAGGCGGCGCCCGCACUGACCGGCCGGCGGCUGGAUGGAUGGGGUUUAGGAGCCGUUGCUGUGGACGGAGAGAUGGGGAUGUGAGGGCGGUUAGGGUGCCGGGGAGCCCCCCCACAUCUGCUCGGUGUGCGGACUGAGCUUCGGUGGGAGACCACAUGACGGGGCACAACAAGGAGAAGCGUUAUGAGUGUGACGUGUGUGGCAAGGCCUGGCAGCGCCCGAGCCAGCUGGAGAUCCACCGGCGGGUGCACACGGGCGAGAAGCCCUAUGACUGCUCCACCUGCGGCAAGGGCUUUGCCCACUUGUCGGGGCUACGGCAGCACCGGCGGGUUCACACGGGCGAGAAGCCCUAUGGCUGCUCCACCUGUGGCAAGAGCUUUGCCUGGUGGUCAGGGCUACAGGAGCACCAGCGGGUGCACAGCAGUGAGCGGCCCUUCACCUGCUCCGACUGCGGCAAAGGCUUCAAAUCGUCGCCGGACCUGUUGAUGCACAGGCGCCUGCACACCGGGGAGCGGCCUUACACCUGCAGCGACUGCGGCAAGAGCUUCACCCGCUCCACUAUCCUGCUGGUUCACAAGUGCACCCACACCGGCGAGCGCCCGUACACCUGCGCCCAAUGCGGCAAGGGCUUCACCUGCUCCACCUAUCUGCUGUCUCACCAGCGGAUGCACGCCGUUGACCGUCCCAUCCACAGGCCCUUCGGCUGCUCUGACUGCGGCAAGGAAUUCAAGAGGGCAGACAAGCUGAAGAUUCACCAGCGGGUUCACACGGGCGAGAUGCCCUAUGGCUGCUCCGACUGCGGCAAGAGCUUCAAGACGACGAAUGAGCUGAAGGUCCACAGGCGGAUGCACAGCAGUGAGCGGCCCUUCACCUGCUCCGACUGCGGCAAAGGUUUCAAGUCGUCCACGCACCUGCAGAUCCAUAUGCGCCUGCACACUGGGGAGCGGCCCUACACCUGCAGCGACUGCGGCAAAGGCUUCACCCAAUCCGGCAGCCUGCAGCUGCACCAGCGCACCCACACCGGCGAGCGCCCCUUCACCUGCACCCAGUCCCGGUGUGUGGAGAGCGCUUUGCCACGGCCUCCCACGCCCAGUCUCACCAGCGCGUGCACACCAGUGGUCAGCCCUAUGAUUGCCCACACUGCGGUGAGGCGUUUGACAGCUCGCGGGGGUUGCGGCAGCACCGGCGGAUCCACGCCGGGCAGGGACAUUCCCUGA